AUGGCAAAACCAUUUAUCGUCCCCGACUCUCAAGAGCCAGGCUUCUCGUAUGUUGUCCGCCACCCGGACUACCCCAGCGGAGUCCUGCCCGAUAUAUCUGAGUGCGAGCGGCAGACACUGUACGACCUCUUCCUGCGCUGGGUACAUGAGGACCCGAGCGGGAACUGCAUGGGCACUCGCGCAUUCGACCCGGAUGCCAAGAAGCUCGGUGACCACUACACUUGGAUUAGCAAGGCGGAUGCCGAGAUAUUUGUCAACAUCUACGGUAGUGGCCUGGACAGCAUCUUUGGGAAGUACACGGAUAAGUCUCCCGGGCAGCAGGCGCCCGUUGCAAUCUACGCUGCCAACCGCGCCGAGUGGCAUCUGACAGAAUUUGCCAUCUACCGUGGCAACCGCUACUUUGUCUCGCUUUACGAUACGCUGGGUACAGACUCAGUCAAGUAUGUUCUAAACCACUCUGAGAUUGAGGUGCUGGUUUGUUCUAUCGACAAGGUCGAGAGGCUGCUCAAUUUGAAGGAACAAGCGCCGCUACUCAAGGUCAUUAUAUCGAUGGAUCGAUUGGAUGGGCCGGCCAAGAACGUCAUUGCCUCAGAAGUCUCGCAGGACAUAGUCAGCAAGCUCAAAGACCGGGCAAACUCACUGGGCAUCGUCCUUACCGACAUUGACGCUGUGGUCGCCAUCGGCAAAGAGAAUCCAACCACGGCCCAUCCGCCGAUGCCCGAGGACACAUGCUCCAUCACCUACACCAGCGGAACGUCCGGAAACCCAAAGGGCGUGGUGACAGCGCACCAGCAGUUUACAAACACAGCAAACGGUGUUGCUAGAGCGGACCCCGUUGAUCGGCCAGAGACCUUCUCUAUUCUGCCGCUUGCCCACUGCUUCGAGCGUCUUGUCACGUAUUUUACGCUGUACCAGUAUGGCGCAAUUGGGUACUACAGUGGCAAGGUCCCCAACCUGCUCGACGACCUGCAGGCUCGGAAGCCGACGUUCAUGGGAGUCGUCCCCCGAAUCCUCAACCGGGUCUACGACAAGAUCUCGACCGGUAUCAAUUCUGCCACAGGCAUCAAAGGGUUCCUGGCCCGACUCGCGCUGAGCCAGAAACUCAGGGCAAACGAGGGAACCAGCUCGCGCACCCACUUCUUGUGGGAUAUGCUGGUGUUUAACAAGGUCAAGGCCGUGCUUGGCGGCAGGCUGUAUGCCAUGGUUGUUGGCUCGGCGCCCAUGGACAUCCAUGUCAUAAAGUUCCUCCAGACGGUUCUUUGCGCCAGGAUUGUUCAGGGAUUCGGCAUGACCGAGUCCAACACCUGCGGUAUGAUUGAGCUGAUCGAUGUACCGCCUUCGACUAGUUGCGGACCACCACGGCCUGGUAUGUCGGUGCGUCUGCGCGACUGCCCCGAGAUGAACUACCUGUCAACAGAUCAGCCGUGCCCGCGCGGCGAGCUGCUGCUUAAGGGCAAGUCGAUCAUGUCUGGAUAUUACAAAGACGACGCUAUGACUAGUGCGACGAUCAAGGACGGCUGGCUGUACACGGGCGACAUUGCCCAGAUCAACCUGGACGGCACCAUUUCGAUAAUUGACCGGCUGAAAAACAUCUUCAAGCUGUCACAGGGCGAGUAUAUUGCGCCAGACUAUCUCCAGGUUGUGUAUGAGCGGCACCCGCUAAUUUCGCAGUCAUACAUCCAUGGUGAUUCGGACAAGUCAUCGCUCGUUGCUAUCGUUGUUCCUGACCCGGAUGCAUUCGUGCCAUGGGCCCGUGAGAUCGCAGAGGACUCGUCGGCUGAGCUGGAAGCGCUGAGCUCAAACCCGCAGGUAAACGAGGCGCUCCUCAGCAAACUCAGCGAGCAUGGACGUGCACAGAAGCUGCAGGGAUUUGAGAUUAUCCGCGCCAUCCACAUCGAGCCAGAGGCAUUCGAUAUCGACAAGAACCAGCUGCUGUCCAACACGCUCAAGCUCAAGCGGCACUUUGCUGCAACGCACUACAGAGAAGUAAUCGACCGGCUCUACACCCAACUCGCCUCCAAGACCAACUAA